CCUCCCACUUUCUCCCUCCGUCUCCCUCGCUCGCAGAGAGACCAUGGCCAUUUCCAUCCUGUGGUCUCUCCUCCUCGUCCUCGUCCUUCCCACUUCCAUCCUCGGCGAGAACCAGACCUACAUCAUCCACAUGAACAGAAACCACAAGCCCUUAUCCUACGCCACCCAUGCGCACUGGUACGCCGCUCAACUCCAAUCCCUCUCAAUCGACGCCGGUGGUGCAUUGCUCUACACCUACCACUCCUCCUUCCCUGGCUUCUCCGCCUUCCUUUCUCCUUCCCAAGCCCAAGCCCUCCGCCUCUCCCCGUCCGUACUCGGUAUUUAUACGGAUACGGUCUACGAUCUACAUACGACCCGUACGCCCUUCUUCCUUGGCCUGGAUGAUGCCGAGAUGGCCCGGAGAAGUGAGGCCCACAUCGAUCAGGCCUCUCAGGAUGUCGUCAUUGGCGUUCUUGACACUGGCGUUUGGCCUGAAAGCCCUAGCUUUCAAGAUUCCGAAAUGCCGGAAAUACCCUCGCGGUGGCGCGGGACCUGCGAGGCGGCAGUCGAUAUCAAGCCGUCGGAUUGCAAUCGGAAGCUGAUCGGGGCUAGGAGCUUCUCCAAGGGCUACCGGAUGGCAAUGGAGUAUCGAGGGGAGAAAGCGAAGGAGGCGGCGUCGGCGAGGGACCGGGACGGGCACGGGACGCACACGGCGUCGACGGCAGCCGGCGUGCCGGCGGCGAACGCUAGCCUGCUCGGGUACGCGCCGGGAACGGCCCGAGGGAUGGCGCCGCGGGCCCGGGUCGCAGCGUACAAGGUCUGCUGGUUGACUGGAUGCUUCUCGUCGGACAUCCUGGCCGGUAUGGACGCCGCGAUUUCCGACGGCGUCGACGUCCUCUCGCUGUCACUCGGCGGCGGUUCGGCUCCGUACUAUCGCGACGUGAUCGCGAUCGGCGCGUUCUCCGCAAUCCAGCGCGGGAUCGUCGUUUCCUGCUCGGCCGGGAACAGCGGGCCCACACGAUCCUCGCUGGCCAACGUCGCGCCGUGGAUCCUGACCGUCGGUGCCGGGACACUGGACCGUGACUUCCCGGCGUACGUUAGCCUCAGCAAUGGGAAGCGCUACGCAGGAGUAUCGUUAUACAGCGGGGAAGGGAUGGGGGGCAAGGUGGUCCCGGUUGUGUAUAACGUUAACCGGGGUGCGCAGGCUAACGUCUCGACCAAUCUCUGCCUGCCCGGCACGCUCGACCCGAAUCUCGUACGUGGGAAGGUGGUUUUCUGCGACAGGGGCGUGAACGCACGUGUGGAGAAGGGUUUGGUAGUCCGCGAGGCAGGGGGAGUUGGGAUGAUCCUGGCCAACACGGCUGCGAAUGGGGAGGAGCUGGUGGCGGACAGCCAUCUGUUGCCGGCUGUUGCGGUGGGCCGUAAGAUAGGGGAUCUGAUCAGGGAAUACGUGCGGUCGGAUCGGAAUCCAACGGCUGUGCUGAGCUUUGGAGGGACAGUCCUGAACGUGAAGCCGUCACCGGUGGUGGCGGCGUUUAGUUCCAGAGGGCCGAACCGGGUAACGCCGGAGAUUCUCAAACCGGAUCUGAUCGGACCGGGGGUGAAUAUCCUGGCCGGGUGGUCCGAGUCGGUGGGGCCCACCGGGCUGGAGAAGGAUACAAGGAAAACCAAGUUCAAUAUCAUGUCUGGCACUUCCAUGUCAUGUCCGCACAUCAGCGGCGUUGCAGCGCUGCUCAAGGCGGCCCACCCCGACUGGAGUGCGAGCGCAGUCAAGUCGGCGCUCAUGACCACCGCCUACACCCACGACAACACCUUGUCUCCGCUCCGUGACGCCGCCGGCGGUGCAAUCUCCACUCCAUUUGCCCAUGGAGCCGGCCACGUCGACCCCCAAAAGGCCCUCUCGCCGGGCCUUGUCUACGACAUCACCACCGACGACUACAUUGCAUUCCUCUGCUCCUUAAACUACACCGUCGAUCACGUCCGGGCCAUCGCCAUGCAACCCAACCUCACCUGUUCGAGGCGGUUAUCAAACCCCGGCAACCUCAACUACCCGUCCUUCUCUAUCCUCUUCAGCAAGAAGCGGAGGGUUGUGAAAUACAGUAGGGAAGUAACAAAUGUGGGGCCUGCAGGGUCCAGAUACAAUGUGACCGUUGGCGGCCCAGCCAACGUACGGGUGAUGGUGAAGCCCACAGAGCUCGUGUUCAAGCGGGUGGGCGAUAAGCUGAGAUACAGCGUCAUGUUCGUGUCGAAGAAGGGCGCGAAUCUGGUUGAGGCUUUUGGGUGGAUCGUUUGGAGCAAUGAGCAGUAUCAGGUGAAAAGCCCAGUUGCUUAUGCAUGGGAAUAGGCCAUGGAAUGUGUGUGUGUGUGUGUGCUGUUAUUGAAGUGGGCCCACCACCAGUGGGCCAUGUCGGAUGGCUGGAGGAUCAGUGGGGCCCAAGCAAAUCUGUCAUUCUAGAAUGGCAGCUUGCAGUUCUUGGGGGAAAGCUCCCCAAGUGUUUUAGCUCUCGUUUUUCUCUUGUGAUUAGAUUACAAAAAAGGAAUGAAUGGUGGGGGAUGGAAAAGGGGGGAAAUGCGUGAUUUGGAAA